GGAAGAUGAGGUUUUCCCCAGAGGUUAUCUAUGGAGUUUUGCACAUAAUUCCAUUUUGUAGAAUAAAUCAUCCUUGAUUAUUCGAUUAUUCCUAGAACUUAUGACGAUAAGUGGAGUUCAAUUAUAUAUGAUCUUCUUAUCAAAUUCAAUUAGACUUCAGUCCGAAUUGGUUAGUCUAACAAAGAGUGUUCAAAAUGAAGCAACUUAUCCUCGCCGUCUGCUGCCUUGCAGUUUUUAGCUCGGUUUCUUGUACCAGCAACAGGGAGCUGAUGCACAAGUUCAAAUAUCUAGAAUCUUACCUUCAAGAGAGACAAGCAAUUGAUGAAGUCAGCUCAAGAUUGGAACAAAUUUGUCCAGGAUCCAAAGUUAAAUUUGAGGAAGCAGUCGAUGAAAUGAAGACUUGUGCCGAUAAAAUCGACGAAACAGCUGAAACUUCAUGUUCUAUAAUGAAAAACAGAAUGCCAAAAUGCUUGGAACCUUUAAUUAGGGUACUCAGGGAUUGUAUGCCAGAAGGAAGCAAAGAAAUUCCAGAAUUCUUCGUCAACUCCUUACUUCAAGGUAUUGACUACAUCUGUAAGACUGAUGGAGAGCACAUCUUCGAACUUGGAAACACAUGUUUGUACAAGCCCAACCCAGCAUUGGAAGUCUGCGUACGCAAGUUGAGAAUGAGAUUGGCAACAUACGAAAGGAAUGGUUUGGGAGUUGAAGCCAUCUGCAGCACAUUGCACUACAUGAAGCCCUGUCUGAAGUCCCACUUGAGUCUUUCCUGUGGAAGUCCCAUUUCAAGGGAGGCUGUGCUUGGUUUUUACGAUGCUUUUUCGGCUAAAUGCAAAACAAUUGCCGAUCCCUCAUCAAACGAACUCAAAGAAACAUCAAACAUCAGAGUAACUCAGUUGGAGGACUUCUCUUAAAUAUUUCAACGAAUUGAAAGACACUCAAUAAUUUGAUUU